CAAAUGGCUUUCCCUUCUGGGCCUCUGCAAGUCGCCGCUGACUGCGUGAUAUGCAUGUACUUGUUUGGUCGGCGGUUGUUGAUCAGUAGAAGUAGUACUGUAAAUGUAUUCUUUCGCCCUCUUGACAUGCAUGGCAGAGGCUCAGACAUUGUUCAUGGGUGCUGCCUAACAGUUAAGUGACGAGGAUUUCUCCGUCCAAGGCCCUCUGAGAUCAUCGUGAUGAGAUCUAAUGUAUGUGUACACUGAGUGGCGUUAGGCGAUCAGUCUAUGCUGGAACUUUGGUGCGUGAGAAGUACUCACUGAGUACAUGCCAUGCAAGUGCGCAUAAGUAAGCGAGGCAAUUACGUUUGAUUGGGC